AUGUCUCAUGAGCUGACUGUGGAAAUUCCUUUGGAAGAUGAGACUGGGGGAUUUGGGAAACAAGGAUUCCAGUGCCAAGUUUGCUGUUUUGUGGUUCAUAAGAGGUGCCAUGAGUUCGUUACCUUCUCUUGUCCUGGGGCUGACAAGGGGCCCGACACUGAUGAUCCCAGAAGCAAGCACAAAUUUAAGAUCCACACCUAUGGGAGCCCCACCUUUUGUGACCACUGUGGGUCCCUCCUUUAUGGGCUCCUGCACCAAGGGAUGAAGUGUGACACCUGUGACAUGAACGUUCAUAAGCAAUGUGUGAUAAACGUCCCCAGCCUCUGUGGCAUGGACCACACAGAGAAAAGGGGAAGGAUUUACCUGAAAGCUGAAGUCAUUGGUGAAAAACUGGAAGUAACAGUGAGAGAAGCAAAAAACCUCAUUCCCAUGGAUCCAAAUGGACUCUCAGAUCCUUAUGUUAAACUGAAGCUCAUCCCAGACCCUAAGAACGAAAGCAAACAAAAAACAAAAACCAUCCGUUCUACUCUGAAUCCAGACUGGAAUGAGUCCUUCACAUUUAAAUUAAAGCCUUCAGACAAAGAUCGCCGGUUGUCUGUCGAGGUCUGGGACUGGGAUCGAACAACCAGGAAUGAUUUCAUGGGAUCUCUUUCAUUCGGGGUGUCAGAGCUUAUGAAAAUGCCAGCCAGUGGAUGGUACAAGCUACUGAAUCAAGAAGAAGGUGAAUAUUACAAUGUCCCAAUUCCAGAUGCUGAUGAAGAUGGAAAUGCAGAGCUCCGGCAGAAGUUUGAGGACUGUCAUGUAAAUAUCCACUUCUUCAAGAAAGCCAAACUUGGGCCAGCUGGUAACAAAGUCAUUACUUCAACAGAAGACAAGAGCUCAAGUGUGCCAUCCAACAAUCUGGACAGGGUCAAGCUGACAGAUUUCAACUUCCUCAUGGUUCUUGGAAAGGGGAGCUUUGGGAAGGUGAUGCUGGCAGACAGGAAGGGGACAGAGGAGCUCUAUGCAAUCAAAAUCCUGAAGAAAGAUGUGGUGAUCCAGGAUGAUGAUGUUGAAUGUACAAUGGUUGAGAAACGAGUCCUGGCACUGCAGGAUAAACCCCCGUUCCUGACACAGCUUCACUCCUGUUUCCAGACAGUUGACCGGCUGUAUUUUGUCAUGGAGUAUGUGAAUGGUGGGGAUCUCAUGUAUCACAUCCAGCAAGUAGGAAAAUUUAAGGAGCCACAAGCAGUGUUCUAUGCAGCCGAGAUCUCCAUUGGGUUAUUCUUUCUCCACAACAGAGGGAUUAUUUAUAGAGAUCUGAAAUUAGAUAAUGUGAUGUUGGAUUCAGAAGGACACAUUAAAAUUGCUGAUUUUGGAAUGUGCAAAGAACAUAUGUUAGAUGGAGUAACAACCAGGACCUUCUGUGGCACUCCAGACUACAUUGCACCAGAGAUUAUUGCUUACCAGCCCUAUGGGAAGUCUGUGGAUUGGUGGGCUUAUGGUGUGCUGCUCUAUGAGAUGUUGGCUGGACAGCCUCCAUUUGAUGGGGAAGACGAAGAUGAACUUUUCCAGUCCAUAAUGGAGCAUAACGUGUCCUAUCCCAAAUCACUGUCCAAAGAAGCUGUCUCCAUCUGCAAGGGGCUGAUGACAAAACAUCCUGCAAAACGCCUUGGCUGUGGCCUUGAAGGUGAAAGAGACAUCAGGGAACAUGCUUUCUUCAGGAGGAUUGACUGGGAAAAAUUGGAAAACAGAGAGAUUCAGCCACCUUUCAAACCUAAAGUGUGUGGCAAAGGGGCCGAAAACUUCGAUAAGUUCUUCACGCGAGGACAGCCGGUGCUGACGCCCCCGGAUCAGCUGGUCAUUGCCAACAUAGACCAAACGGAUUUCGAAGGGUUCUCCUACGUCAACCCCCAGUUCGUGCACCCCCUGGUGGAAAAUGUAGCAUGAAACAGCAGAGCAGGAACAAAUCCCGCCGUGGGGAACAGCCCGCAACCCUACAAUUUUUAGGCUUUUGCCUUGUUGAUUCCAUUUGGGCCUGGAAAUUGUAGGGUUCGAGAGUGUAGGGCGAGGGAAGGGCCACUUAGUCAGGAUUUGGGCUUUGCAACGGCGUUGUUGUCUUAAUGGGGCAUAAAUUAGUGUACGGUGCCCUCUUACUCUUCUAGAAGUCACCACUGACUUGUCUAAACUUACCCAUUUUUUGGUACGUUAUAUAUUUUGUAACUUCCCACUGUCCUUUUGCUCCCUUUUCCACUCUGUUGUGUUAGGGAAGAAAUCUAACACGUGGUCUGAAUUUAAAAAAACCACCUGGAAUGUUUAGUCCUUGGGUGCAGAUGCUGGAGGUGGGACUGUUCCUCCUGCAGCUCCCGGGGACUUCGGGGACACGAGCAGCACGAGGGACCGAGCGACAGCACCGGGGAGGAGAGGCAUUGCAGAAACAGUGCUGAAAGGGGUUGUUUGGAAAAUAUGGCAGAA